GAGAAAUUACCUUAUAAUUUGGGAAAUUAGUUUCAAGUAAAGCGCGGUGCGCAAGCGAAAUCGAGAACGAAUGUACGUGCCUUUUACAGUGGUGUGAGUCGUAGUGUGGAUUGAUCAGUACAGAAAUAUAAUUUUUUCGCUCGGUUCAACGUAGAUAAAAAACCACAAAAACAUAGAAAUCGAAAUAAUUAUGUUGUUGGAAACGAAAAAAUAGUGCGAUUAUGAGGAGUUGAUUGCUCUCAGUUCAUAAUAUAUUCCGAAAGAAAUGUGCCUAUUGUACCAACCACAUCGAGGUUUGACUGUAGUUUUUCCAAAUUCUCACUUUCGCCACGGCCACGCGCGCAUACCUACAUCUCAAUUUCCACGGACGACUUGCACGCCGUGGCAUCGCGGCGACCAAAGCUACAAAAAUUCGCUAGACGGCAUCGGGCCUCCAAAGUGUGAAGACACGGUUAGAUUUUCGUUCAAAUUUGUUUGAUGUGAGUGAUUUUUCCCACAAACCAACACGUUAGCGGACAGCUUCUGGCGAAACUCCCUAGUUAUCGUGGACGGGUCCAUUUCGUUUCGUCUAGGCGGGUUAGCCUAAAAAACGUGCUGCAGAGAUUUAUUUUUACCCUCACUCAAAACGCAUUUAUUGCGCUCUCAGCAUUGCAUUAUAAGAAUCGCGCUAGAUUUUCGGAUCACUGGAAAAUCGGAGAAGCACAACCGAGAGUGAAGGCAAGAUUUUCACACAUAAACCGUCUGUUCGGUUUUCAGCCAAGCUGUGCGGUGCCGUUACUGCUUGCAGGUCUGGAGUGGUGAAGAUUAUCUGCCUAAUUAGUUAAUUAACUAUACGCGCGAUAUGUACGCUGAGAUUUUUAGAUUUUGAUUCUUCCCCACCCCAAAGUGCGUUGUAUUUCACGGGGAAGACUGGUGAGUGUGAAAUGAACAGAUUUUUCCUCGGCGCAUCUUGAAGUAUUUGGGUUAAUUUGUUGAUUCAGUGUGAUCGCGGUUUUCGAAACAAGCGUGUCGCCCGGUAUGCAACCAGAGGAGUACGAAAACACCGGAUGGCUGUCGUAUUUCAGCCGGCAUAAAACGACCUACACGGCGGCCGACAUUCACAAGAUCAGCAACGAGCUGAAUAAUGUCCGGAAAAAUCUUACCGCCACGCAAUAUGCGUACGGUGAACUUAGCAGUGAACUAAAGGCCUUGAAAAGUCUCCAGGAGCAGCGGCUGAGUGAGGAACACGAACGGACCAGCAGUAAAUCUAGCACUUCCAAAUCAGCCGAAAAGCGUUUAGCGCAACAAGCCGAGGAGAUAAAAUUUCUCAAGAAUGAAUUAACAGGUUGUAAAAAUGAUCUAUUAAAGCAGAUAAAUACGCUGAAAGUGAAUGUGAGUGAGGCAGCUAAAAAGAAAUCAAAAUCGGGCCACCUCCCAUCGGGUGCUUCACUAAGCAUCGAAAGCAGAAUUAUAGCUUUGGAUGCACAUUUGGACCAGCUUGCCGGUGAGAACAGGAAUCGAUUGAACGGUCUCGAGUGUCGCAUCAAUCAGUUGGAACAAGCUCAGGAACGGUGCGACUGUGGUACUGCCCUGAAGAAGCUGGAAUUAUCUACCAGUCGAAAGUUUCAGGAAUUGACGAAUCUGCUAGUGGAACUGCAGCGGAAGAUGGAAGCUAGCGAAACAAAGCUGGACGAGCAGAUUCGAAACCAAUCGAUGAGUCAGGAUGCGAUUUAUGAAGAACUGGAUCAACGAAUGGACGUCUUCUCGGCCAAGCUGAAAGAUAUGCACGCCCGAAUAACGCGCCUUGGUCAGAGGGAUGAUAUUGGAUCCACGUUUGUUUAGGAUAGGAGACUCUACGGGUUGCACUCGGAGCAAUUUACCAUGAUGCUUUUACCAAUAUUGUUAGUAUUAGUGAUAUCCUUAUUAAACAACGUUGGAUCGAGCGACUUAGAAAG